GAAAACUGUCCUGUGAGAGCACAGCUAUCUGAUAGAAGUUCCUGUCUACUCGUGAAGAAAAACAGUCCCUUCCCUCUGGGGCACCUGUCAGCAUGGGUGUAUUGCGGUGUAAACUGUGACAGCUGAAGUCAAGAUGAUGAACGACAUAUUGGAGGAGCCAGAGAAGGACUCUCUGCUGGAGGCGCAGCAGGAGCCGCAGGGUUUGUCGGGGCCAAGUAGUGGCACAAGACCUAAGAGCACAGAUGGAGGCAUCAGGCCAGUGGAAAAAAGAGGACCUUACAUCAUGUCCAGAGCUCCAGCCAUCCAUCUCAAACUACAGAAACACAGAGAGAUGGCGAGGAAAGCGCUGAAGAAGAAAGCUCUCUCACCGGGGCCUCCGGUGACGCACCAGCCCAGACAGGGAGCCAAGAGGAUGGUGAAAUAUAACAAGGGCUAUGCUGCUUUGAGUCAGCACGCUGAGGAUACUUUGGUUGCACUUGACUCAGACAGUGAUGAAGAGAUUGAUUUUGAGCAGUAUUCCUCUGGAUACUCUUCAGCUGAGGUCCAUCCUGAUUUGAGCAGGCAGCUGCUUCAGGAUGGCUACCGCCUGGAUGAGAUCCCUGAUGAUGAGGACCUGGACCUGAUUCCGCCCAAAGCCAUGGGCUCCUCUGUGUGCUGCUGCUCUGAGGGCCCAUCCUGCUCCAUGCAGUGAUGUUGGCGCAGUGACUCGAACCUAACAAAGUCUUGGCUCCAGCUUCAGCUGACGUUAGUGACUGGUGUCGACACCUUUUUUUUGUCACCCAGCUCCGCUGCUGCGCUGCCAGAGGACUUCCAGCUCUAAAGCCAAACACCUCUUCCUGCAGGACCGCGUGCACUAAGAUCGCCUGACCCCCCCUUUGAAAACGCAGGUGGACAUGAGAACAAGCCUUAUCCACUGUGAACCCAAAGCU